AUGGGUCUCAUGACGAUUAUCAAAAAAUUGAAGCAGAAAGAACGCGAAAUACGUUUGUUGAUGUUAGGUUUAGAUAAUGCAGGCAAGACAACCAUUGUUAAGAAGUUUAAUGGAGAUGACAUUAGUACAAUAUCACCAACUUUGGGCUUCAGCAUUAAAACGAUUGAACACAGAGGAUUCAAAAUAAACUUUUGGGAUGUUGGUGGACAAACCUCACUGAGAACGUACUGGAGAAACUAUUUUGAAAGUACAGAUGGACUGAUUUGGGUUGUGGACAGUGCUGAUAAACGUCGAUUACAGGACUGUAAGAAAGAACUGGACCAGCUGCUGGUUGAAGAAAGGCUGGCAGGAGCAACGUUGUUGGUGUUUGCCAACAAGCAAGAUUUAGAUGGUGCAGUCUCCUCUGAAACUAUAAUGGAGAUUCUGGACUUGGAAAAUUUGAAGACCCACCACUGGAUGAUACUUGGAUGCAGUGCUGUCACUGGAGACAAUCUUCUGAAGGGUGUUGACUGGCUCAUUGACGACAUCUCAUCUCGCAUAUUCACAUUAGAUUGA